AUGCAUCAUAAAUCGUCUUCCUCUGUACAACAGAAAGGUGAUUUUCUAUCUGUUAGCAUUGGUGAAACUGUAACUUUAAAAUGUUCUCAUAAAGGUCAGACGUUAAAACGAAUCUUCUGGUUCAAGAAAAGUUUUGGACGAAAACCUGAACUUAUAUGCAGUUUCUAUGUGCACAGCACAGAAGUGGAAUUUUUUGAUGAAUUCAAGAACAAUCGACGCUUCAUACUGGACACAGAAAACAAAAAUCAUAAUUUGAAGAUUUUUGAUUUUCAAUUUUCAGAUUCGGCUACUUAUAACUGCAUCCAUUCGGAUAGUUACAUACUUACAUUUUUGGAGAGCUAUAGUGUCCAUGUGAAGGAUCCUUCUUCUUCCAUCCAGACUUCACUGGAUCAGUCGUCCUCUGAGAACAUCCAUCCAGGAGACUCUGUGACUCUGAACUGUACAGUACACACUGGGAGCUGUGAUGGAGAACACAGAGUUUACUGGUUCAAAGACUCUGAAGACUCUCAUCCAGGACUCAUUUACACUGAUGGAGGCAGGAAUGAUCAGUGUGAGAGAAAGAAGAACACACAAACACACAGUUGUGUCUACAAGCUCCACAUGAAGAAUCUGAUUGAAUCUCAUUCUGGGAUCUACUACUGUGCUGUUGUCUCAUGUGGACACAUACUGUUUGGAAACGGGACUAAACUGGACCUCACAGAAGAGAAUUUUCCUCCAUUCGUGUAUUUCCUGAGUGGAGUUCUGACAGCUGCACUGAUCUUCCUCACAUCUUACACAAUACACAAGACACAGAGGUGCAAAUCCAAGGCUCUAGACCCUAGAUUCAAAUCUCUUUUGUUUCUAUCACCUGAAGAAGUGCAAGACACUUAUGUAAAACUCAAGUCAAAAGCAGCAGCUUUAAAGGAAGGAGAUCCAGCGCCUUGUGGUGAUGUAAAGGAGGAUUUGGAGGAUGAGGUGGAACCGCAGUCCAGCAGUGACACAGACACCACCAAGAAAAGAAAGUCUGCUCUGGUUGAUCUUCUGGGUCAGACCUUCAAGAAGACCUCUUUUGGCCCUAC